AUGGAUCUGCCAGUGAUAAACGAAAAAUCACAUGAAAAGAUUAUUGUUCAGUAAGGCUUUUAGCCCCAUUAGAGUUUAUUUCGCCGACUUGUCAAUAGUAAUUCAUUUUUUAAAGUAAAUUAUUUCUAAUAGAAAGCUAAUAGCUCACCUCACCUAUAUGAACAGUUUAAGAAAAAGACUAGAACUAAGAGGAGCCAGCCAACGAAAGCUGCAUUGCCCACCUAGAAAUUACGAUCGCGCUGUCGAAGAAAUGAAUCUUAUGCAAAAAAGCUUUGACAAAGAACGAGAAGAUUUAAUAGCAAAAUUACAUUGUUCGUUAAAAGAAAUUUCUCCGAAGGAGAAAUUUAAAAUUCGGUCAAAAACAGUAAAAUCGCAGUCGCAGAAAAGAGAAAAAAUUUGAAAAGAGUUUGUUACGCAGAGUAAAUAUUUAAAAUCGCCGAGAUAUUUAAAAAAAGUUUAUAGAGGGCUGACUGAUAGGUCGCAAUCUACGAUUGCGAAUAGAAAUGAAAUAAGGAACAUGAAUGAUUCUGUACUAACAUGUAGCCCACAUCAGCCAGGUGGGUUGUCGCCUUGACCAGAUUCACGAUCAAUAAGUCCAGUUAGGUCUCGAGAAUCUCCGAAUAAAUAUCGGUCAUCUUCACACCUAAAGCAAAGGUAUUUUAUGAUAUCUGAAAGCAAGUCAUCCCCAAAACAUAUAUAUAAAAAAUUAUAUUAAUUUCGCCAAUAUAUAAAUAAUCUGAUGAUUUUUAUAGAAAAUAAUUUAUUAAGGUAUAACAGCAGCAAAUGCUUCGAAUCCUAACACAAAUUGUUCAUCUCCUCAGCUUGUCCAUAUAAAUGAAAUUAUUUCUUCUUGCUUAGAAUUUAAUCAUUUUGAGACUCCAAAAGUCCCAAAAUCGUCAUCAAAAGGACUAAAACCGAAUGAAGAGGUAAAAAUACUUGUGAAGGCGAUAAAUAAAUAUGAAGAGUCUUCAUUAGAAAAUGAGCUAGAACAGCUGCCUAUAAGUGAGCAUAUAAAUAGAGAAAAAGCUAUGAGAAAAGAAGCUAUGAAAAAUUUAUAUGAUAUAUCGUCAUAAAGAAAUGUAAACUUAUAAAAUAAUUUUUUUUUAUAUUUUAUUAUUAAAUAAAAGCAGAUUUUCAAGCUGAAAAGCCCUUAUUGAGCUAAAUUUCUAUACAAAAUCACUAGAAAAACUAAAAAAGGACCGAUGAGAUACUUCUUAUUUUGUCGGCUGCAAACUCCGCAGCAAGCGAGUCUGGAAGUACAAAGGCGAUAUCCUCCCUAAAAAAUUCCAAAAUGAAAUAAUCAGCAACUACAUGAAUUCUAAAUUCUUGUAA